UUGUGCUUUUACUGCUUUUACGAUAAUCCCCAAACUUUCAAAUGAGAGUUUAUUGUUUGAUAGGGUGUUGUGCUUAUUUCCCCAAUGGUCAGGUGUAAUAAUUCACGUUCGACACCUUAGAAAAUUGCUCAAUUAUUAAUUUGUCAUCGCAUUAUGAAGAUUUCCACUCGAAUGGAUCCUCAAGUUGAUUGAAUUUUAUCGAAAUGAAAGUUGUGCUCGCGUGAAUAAUGAUAUAUUUAAAACUUUUAGCGAAAUGUGUUUUAUUGCUGAAUAUUUUCAUUAAAGUUAAAUGUGUUGAAAAACGAGAACCGCCUUCGAAGACAGAAGUAAUCGCGAAUUUCAAGACUAAUUUAACACUGCCUUGUGAAUCUGCAGCUCGUGAAGAAGGAGAUAUCGUCAGAUGGGUCCGAAAGGGUAAAAAUAGUUGGAGUGUUUUAGACAAUGGCGAUUUGUUCUUAGUCAAUUUGGAGAAAAAUGAUUCCGGAGAAUAUAUGUGUUUAGAACAAGACAACGAUGAAAUUUUAUCCACUUAUGUGGUCCACGUGAAAACUCCUCCUGCUGCCUUGGAGAAUGUUACGGUGAUACCCAGGACUGUUUUGGCUGUUUUGCGAUGGCAUGUGAGAGACGAUGGAGGGUAUUCGAUUAAGAAUAUAACUAUACGUUAUAAAUUGGCGGAUAGCGAUGACGAAUGGCAUAUCAAUCCUCAUUACAUAUCUUCGACUGCGACUCAGACGGAUAUUUAUAAGCUGAACCCAAAUUCGACUUAUAUGUUCCAAAUAUGGGCCUCGAAUGAACUCGGUGCUGGCGAAAUUACCACAGUUUUGGCCAAAACAAGACACGAUAUACAAGAAAUAGAACUAGCCCGACACUUACUCGACGGUGCUGAAACUUUCGACACCAGAGCUUGGCUAGCUGCGGUGGCUAUCGUAAUGACAACCUUGCUAAUUCUCACCAUAGGCACGUGCUGCGUAUUAUAUCGAGAUAGUCACGCCGCAUUUUAUCAUAACGAAGAAUACGAUCCAGAACGAAUAGAACUAAUGCCAAAUGUGAUCACUAAUCCAGGCUACUACGAAGAAUUCGUUCCAGCCAAGUAUUGUAACGAAUCGCCCGAUGACGAGGACGAAUUCACAUCGUAUUUCGCCAGCAGAACCGGUGCCCGAGCUGUACGAGUCUGAUGCCUUUUCCACUCCUACACAUCUCUCUUCCUUUAUCCCUAAAUUGGCAGAAUGCAUAAGCAAUUCUCGAGGGAGACACAACUUUCGAGCUAAAAUGCGAUGACAAUAAGAAUACAUAAUGCAUUCUAAACACCAGUUGUACCUACAAUUUACGGCAUUUCCAAGAGAUUAAUACUCCCAUUACUCCCCCUGUCCCAUCCUUUUCUUUUUCUUUUUUUUUUUUUUAGUAAAAAUGAUCUAACAUAAUUUCUAGUCAUAUUAACGUGUUAAGUUGAAUUUAUCUUUUUAUAUGUGUAUAUUUUUAUAUAACAUCACGACGAUACGAGGAUACUCCGGUGGAGAUACCAUUUCAGCUGUAACUAAGCUUGUAAUAUUUUUGAUCGUUUUAUUGAUCUUUUUAUUCUUUGAUUUGCGCAUUGUGAUAGCUUGUUUUUUAACGAUUUUAUUUUCGCCUUUGUGUGUGUUGUGUGUGGUGUUUACUUCUUCUUCUUCUCCUCUCUUUUUCAACUAUAUUCUCUCAAUAUUACCUUUAUAAUAAUUACUACCUAGUCUGAGCUAAUGACGUGAAAAUUAAUUGUUGCAACGAAACAUGCCGAUUUAUAAGGCGUUUACGAGUAUUUUUUUUUAAUAUUUAAAUGGUGCUUUUAGUCUACAGUCGAAUCCGCAAAAAGUGUCUAGCUGGCUUUGUUUUUCGUGAUCCUAAAAAUUCAGUUGGCAUUUUGUAGAUAUGGAUUAAAAAUGGCAGAAGAGACGUAUUUUGAAUGGAGGCUGACAACCCCAAAUUUUUCAAAAUGAUUCCGGCCCAGAAAUUUUUUUAUUAGAUACUAGACACUUUCCUCAAUCCGAGUAUGUUUACUUCAGCUCGUCCAAUGUCGAGCAAAUUUUUGAAAAAUUUUGAGUUCAAAAUUGUGUUAUGAUUUUCAGAAUUUUUGAAAAAAGUAUAAUGCAACCAAUCAAAAUGAAUUAAAACUUGGAGAAUCAAAUAUUUACAUUGAAGCUUUUUUGGAUUAGUUUUGAGAAACUUCGAGCUUAAUUAGAUUAUGAUUUUCGAAAAUUUUUGAAAGAAGAGUCAUGUGACUUGUCAAAAUGGGUGAAAUUAGUUCUGGUACUGAGUUUCUGAAAUUUGAAAUUUUCAAGAGAUAAUGGAAAUAUAAUAUUAUUAUCGGAUAACGAUACUGGAUUUUCUCUUUGAGUUAUUGCAUGAAAAAUCACUCAAAAAUGUUUAAAACCAUGAUCAAUUCAGAGUUAAAAAUUCUUCAAAACUGCUCCAAGAAAGUUUUGACGUAAAUUUUUGAUACCUAUUUUGUCGAAAUUUUAACAAACUUUGAUCAGUUGCAUCAUACGUACCUUUUUCAAAAAUUCUGAAAAUCAUGACCCAAUUUUGACCUCAAAAUUCUUCAAAAAUCCUCAAAAUACAUUUUCAACGAAAUAUUUGAAUUUUUUGUUAAAUUUUGACACACUUUUUGAUUGGUUGCAAGAAAAUCCUCAAAAUCAUGACUCAAUUUUGAAAAUAGAAUCGUCUAGAAAUCUUAUUUGAAUUUCUUGUAAACUUUCAUCGUAAUUUGGAAUUGGUUACGAAUAUUUUUAAAUCCCAAAAAUCAUGAUUUAAUUUUGAGCUCAAAAUUCUUCAAAAAUACAUUUUUUAUUGAAAUACUUGAAUUUCUCACAAAAAUUUAACCCGUUUUGAGUGAUCGCAUGAUUUUUUUUCAAAAAUUUUAUAAUCAUGAUCCAAUUUUGAGCUUGAAUUUUUUCAAAAAUCUUUCAAAUACAUUUCCAUAGAAAUAUUUGAAUUUAUCGUAAAAUUUUGACCCAUUUUGAUUGGUCGAAUGAUAUUUUCUAAAUACCGAAAAUUAUAAUCCAGUUUUGGGCUCAAAAUUUUUCAAAACUCCUCAAAAUACAUUUUCAUCAAAGCAUUUGGAUUUCUUGCAUAAUUUUAAUCCAUUUUGAUAGGUCACGUGACAUUUUUUUUACAAUUAUCAAAUUGUUCAUGACCCAAUUUGGGGCUCAAAAUUCUUCAAGAAUCCCCAAAAUAAAUUUUCAUCGAAGUAUUUGGAUUUCUUGCAUAAUUUUAAUCCAUUUUGAUAGGUCACAUGAUAUGUUUAUAGAAUUCCCAAAUUAUUCAUAACUCAAUUUGAGGCUCAAAAUUCUUCAAGAAUCCCCAAAAUACAUUUUCAUCAAAGUAUUUGGAUUUAUUGCAUAAUUUUAAUCCAUUUUGAUAGGUCACAUGAUAUUUUUUUUACAAUUACCAAAUUAUUCAUGACCCAAUUUGAGGCUCAAAAUUUUUCAAAAAUCCUCAAAAUACAUUUUCAUCAAAGUAUUUGGAUUUCUUGCAUAAUUUUAAUCCAUUUUGAUAGGUCACAUGACAUUUUUAUUACAAUUAUCAAAUUGUUCAUGACCCAAUUUGGGGCUCAAAAUUCUUCAAAAAUCCCCAAAAUACAUUUUCAUCAAAGUAUUUGGAUUUCUUGCAAAAUUUUAAUCCAUUUUGAUAGGUCACAUGACAUUUUUUUUACAAUUAUCAAAUUGUUCAUAACCCAAUUUGGGGCUCAAAAUUCUUCAAGAAUCCCCCAAAUACAUUUUCAUCAAAGUAUUUGGAUUUCUUGCAAAAUUUUAAUCCAUUUUGAUAGGUCACAUGACAUUUUUUUUACAAUUAUCAAAUUGUUCAUGACCCAAUUUGGGGCUCAAAAUUCUUCAAGAAUCCCCAAAAUACAUUUUCAUCGAAGUAUUUGGAUUUCUUGCAUAAUUUUAAUCCAAUUUUGAUAGGUCACAUGAUAUGUUUAUAGAAUUCCCAAAUUAUUCAUGACCCAAUUUGAGGCUCACAAUUUUUCAAAAAUCCUCAAAAUACAUUUUCAUCAAAGUAUUUGGAUUUUUUGCAUAAUUUUAAUCCAUUUUGAUAGGUUACGUGAUAUUUUUUUUACAAUUACCAAAUUAUUCAUGACCCAAUGUGGGCCUCAAAAUUCUUCAAAAAUCCCCAAAAUACAUUUUCAUCAAAGUAUUUGGAUUUCUUGCAUAAUUUUAAUCCAUUUUGAUAGGUCACUUGAUAUGAUUUUACAAUUUCCAAAUUAUUCAUAACCCAAUUUGAGGCUCAAAAUUCUUCAAAAAUCUUCAAAAUAAAUUUUCGUCGAAACAUUUGAAUUUCUCGUAUAAUUUUAACCCAUUUUGAUUGGUUGCAUAAUUUUUCAAAAAUCUCAAAAUCAUGAUUCGAGUGGAUUUGAAUUUCAUGCGGCAUUAUUUAACCUAUUUUGAUUAUUUUCAAAUUAUUUUUUCAAAAAUUCCAAAAAUCAUGACCCAAUUUUGGGCUUCAAGUUUUUUAAAAACUCUUAGAAUUCAACUCAUUUUGGAAGGUUUCAAGGUCAAUCUUUGAAAAUCCAAAAUACAUCUCUGCGAAAUGCCAACAGAAUUAAAAAUUGAGUCAAAUUCGAUUUCUGCAGCAAUUUUUGUCAGUUGGACUGUGGACUAUUUUGUUUUUCAGUCGGAUUUUCUAGUUAAAAAAAAUGCCCUAAUUUUAGAAAAACCAAUAGAAUAAUCUAUAAAGUCAAUGACCUCGUACAUGAGAGACUUCUCGAGUAUCGUUUCCGCUCGUCUGAUUUGUGUGGAUCCUCAUUCAACUUUCCGAAGCACCCCUUUCCCCUUUCUCCGGAUUAUUUAAUUUUUCACCUUCGGGAAAAUCCGACUGAACAGUCGUAGGUAACUCUACGACCCCUUUUUGUUUUUGUUUUUUCUACAUUCGCAUAAUAGUGAUGAAAACCAUUAUGAAUGUGGUAAUGUUACCGCGUGAAUCUCGGUAGUAUUUUUUUGAAAGCCGCAGAUUUUAUAAUUUUUUUUCUAUACAUUCCGAAGAGCUUGUGAACGUUUAAGCGUAAAUUCAUGUUCAUUUACUUGUAAUAUUUACAGGGUUGAUUAUUUUAAUGAUUUAUACAUAAGAAAACGUACGUAUUUAAAAAUUUCUGGAAGAUGAAGGCGCGCUUGAGAAUAUACCGGAAAGAUGCGGAAAAUCAAUUCUACAUUAUUACUAUAGAAGAAAUGAAGACUUGGAAUCUGUGCGAAAGAAAUUGGUUUUACCCUAAACACAUUUGUACCGGUUUAAAAAUGGCUGUUGUGAAACACUCAUUGUUCCUAUUAAUAAGAUGUACUACGUUACAGCUUGCUUAUAUAACCAUACCUAAUAUUAUGUACGAGCAGUAUUGUAAAUUUUACUUAAUAUUUAUAGCUUAUAGAUACACGCGGAUAAAAUUUUUCCUUUUUGGCGAAUUGAACGGCAACGAAGCUAACGAAGAAUGUAAAGUUGACCCGAAAGACUCGUACAUUUCGAGUACCUACUUUUCUUGAGAAUAAUAAACACCGUUGUGUUGAAAAAACCAUGAUCGGAUUACCUCUUCGAACUCAUCAAAGGUAGACCAUGUAAACAUCCUAUGAGAUCUCUUUGUAUUCGACAUAGCGUCAUAUUUGAUGUAAAAAGUGCCACUUCAGCGUUUUUUAUUUUCUCGGUGUAAGUUGAUUUUCCAAGAAUAGAAUUCCCUCUACCCUUCACCAUACUUCUUCGUUGCUCCGUUACCGCUAAUUAUUGCUAAAUAAAGUAGGUAAGAUACUUUAUAUAGGUAUCUCGCAUAACAGCGAACUACAUACUUAAUCUCAGAGGAAAGAAAAACUGAGAGAUUUUCUUGGACUUGAGUUUUUUCAAUUUUGAAUUUUUAUUGCUGUGCUGGCGCCCUAUAAAAUGGGUAUAUCAUUAUUAAAAAUAAACCAGAAUCAAUCAGUGUCGUGUUUUGUAUAUUGGAUAAAAUGAAAACCCUUUGUACUUAAUGUUUUUUUUUAUAUUUUAGUAUUUUUUUUGUAUUAUUAACAAUUUUUUUUUUUCAACAAAAAUUAUAAUAAAUGUACGAAUACGACGACGACAAAGGUUGUGAAUAUUCUUAAGCUUCCUCAUCAAUGGUUCAAAUUCACGCGCUAUGUUUUACGAUUACGACAUUUUUUUGUAUGUAUUAAUUAUUUUGUAAAUAUUACGAUAAUGAAGGUGAGAGUUGGAUACGAUGGUGUAUGUCCUAUAUACUUAAUACGAAUGGAUACCGUAAGCCUUUAAUUAUUAUUGCUACCUAUACCAUGGCGCACGCGAAGUUUAUAAUAUAUUUUUCAAAGGCUUAAAUGAGAGUAUAGGAUAGGUUCACGAAAAACAACAUGCGCUUGGACUUUCAAAAGAUUGAAUUUUUAUUAGACAUUCCACGUUUUAAUCGUAGUAACGAGUGUUUUUUUUUUUUUUUAGAUUUUGUUCGUUUGUUUUUAUUUUUAUUUUUUUUAAACGUACUACAUGUAUGUGUAAAUGUUUGUGACUAGUGUAUUUGUGUUUGUGUACUUUUUUAAUCAAAAUAAAACACUUUUAAGAAUAUAA